UCUCCAUUUCCUCCAGUAGGCAGAUGCCCUACGACGUUCCUUUAACAAUUCUCAAUUUCCUCCUCCCCUCUCUGCGCGAUUCCUCCUCCUUCCUCUGAGCCUUCGAUCUCGAUCGCUCCAUGGGCAACGGGCUUGGCAGCCUCGCCGUGAGCUGCUUCGUCGGUGCACACCGCCGCGGAGCCGCUACUGUGACUUGGGACCCCUGCGACGAGGGACUCGGCCACUCCUUCCGCUACGUCCGGCCGGAUGCCGCCGACGUCGAGGGAUCCGCAUCCUUCCGAUCAAUUUCCGGCGUCGCUGUGAGCGCCAACGCCUCCACCGCGCUUUCGACCGCCCUCCUGGACGCCGCCGGAUCUACCGCGGCAUCCGCCUUCGAGAGCUCCACUUCCUUCUCCUUCGUCGCCCUCCACCCCGUCCCGCGCUUCGCUUCCCCCGCAGAUAAAGGGUUCGAUUCUGGCCCACUGGAGAGGGGCUUCUUGUCAGGGCCGCUCGACCGCCGGGAAUCCCUCUUCUCUGCCCCGAUCGAGAAGCCCUCAUCCUUUUCCGGCCAUCUCUGGCGAACCCAUUCGAGGGGUCGGUCGGCGCGCUCGCUCUUCCGCCUGCUCGGCAAGGUCAUCCCUACGAGCGAAUCGAACGCCACGCCGGUGAAGGGGGUUAAAGAUUCCGCUUUGGUCGGCGCCGUUGAGUCGGAUUUCCAGAAAUCCUCCGACUGCAAUCUCCAGUGGGCGCAGGGGAAAGCAGGAGAGGAUCGCGUCCACGUGGUCGUCUCAGACGACCAUGAUUGGCUCUUCGUCGGCAUUUACGACGGCUUCAAUGGCCCCGACGCCACCGAUUACCUCCUCUCCAAUCUCUAUUCGGCUGUACAUCGAGAACUCAAGGUCCUGCUUCCGGAGGACAGAGAAGACUCACUUAGCCACGACCGCAUCAACGAUCUGCUCUCCCCUGCUCCUGCUGACCGACUCAAUCGAGGCCGUCAUAGCAGAAGCAAGACGAGAGGCGCGGGGUGGAAGUGGGAGGAGCACCGUCGGCGAUCGAGGCGCGAGUUUGAGAGAGAAAGAUCCGAGCUCGACGAGAGACUGAAACACGAAAACGGACGAUCGAGCACAGCCCACCACUCGCGAGUGCUGAAGGCUCUCUACCGAGCUCUAAGGAGCACGGAGGAGUCCUUCUUGGACAUCGCCGACAAGUUGGUGCCGGAGAAUCCCGAGCUAGCCCUCAUGGGCUCCUGCGUGCUCGUGAUGCUGAUGAAUGGGGACGACGUGUACCUGAUGAACGUGGGCGACAGCCGCGCCAUUUUAGCAAGGAAGGCUGGACAAGGCAAGGCAGGACAAGAUCUCGAAAGCAUUAACGAAGAAGCUCUAUUUGAUCAAAUGCCCAGCUUAUCAGCUUUGCAGCUUACUUCAGAUCAUACCACUUCAAUUGCAAAGGAAGUUCAAAGAAUUAAGGACGAACAUUCCGAUGAUGCGUCUGCAAUCUCCAACCAACGCGUGAAGGGCUCACUGAAGGUCACAAGAGCUUUCGGCGCCGGUUUCCUGAAACAGCCAAAAUGGAACGAUGCCCUUCUGGAGAUGUUCAGAAUCAACUACGUCGGAACGUCGCCAUACAUCACCUGCAUGCCAUUUCUGUAUCACCACAAGCUCGACCCCAAGGACAAGUUUCUGAUUCUGUCUUCUGAUGGACUUCACCAGUAUUUCACCAAUGAAGAGGCGGUUGCUCGAGUCGAGGCCUUCCUCGCAACGACACCUGAUGGCGAUCCCGCUCAACACCUUGUCGAAGAGGUUCUCUGCCGAGCUGCUAAGGAAGCCGGUAUGGACUUGCAUGAGUUGCUUGAAAUUCCACAAGGCGAUCGACGACGGUAUCAUGAUGAUAUUUCCAUCGUAGUUAUCUCCUUGGAAGGACGUAUAUGGCGAUCGUAUGUGUGAUUGUAAAUACAAAAUUGAGAGGGGAUUCUUGAUCCAUGUAUAGGAUAUGUUCUUUUGAUCUGAUUCAAUCAGAUUCAUUCUUUAUUCGAGCACUAUGACCAAUUGGUCCAUGUAUUCUGGUCACGAAUUAGACAUGGAAUUUAUCAGCUAUUACUGAAACUUAAUCUCGCAAGAAUGCUCCACU